UCCGCCGUGGAAAACGGUCGUACUUUUCGUGCCGGCUCUCUCGUUAUCUGUUUUCCUAGAGGGUUGUUGAUAUUAGCUUUCCGUGUGUUUCUGGCUAAACUAUAGAAAAAAAGGCGCGAUACGUGCCAUCGACGAUCAAAAGCUAGCGAAUAAGCUAUUCUCGAGUGUUUGCCAACCCAAGUAGAACCGGUUUAUCGACCACUGUGUCGUAUUUUCGUGGUUGUGUAUGUGUGUGUAUGUGUGUACAUUUGUGACACUGAAAUUGUGUAUUUUCCGAUUGUCACAGCUGCCAGAACAUCACUCUAUCGAAUGCUGCCAAGUGGAUAAGCGAUGAAGUGCGAAGCGUGCUCGAUAGUGACCGAAUACUCCCAACGUAUUUUACGCCAUCCACCCUACCGGAGCCCAUAGACUGACUGCAGCUGGUGAUGAACCUGAAAUAAAACUUUCAUCGAACCAACUACCUUAUUACUAAUUCCUUUGAGUGCAGAAAUGAAUGAACAGUGACGACAAACUAGAAGGCGAAUAAACAGUGAUUUAAUGAGAUAAACUUGUGCGCUCCAGCGGUUUCCGACUUCAAACUUAUAGCGACAAAUUUGUUCAGUAGAGCAGCGUAAAACUUUCAGGUUACAAACCAUUGCCGUUUUGUACUGAAUGCUGUGCUCGACAGCAGCAGGAAGUCAAUCCCAGCGGAGCAUGUGAAGUUUGAAAAUUAUUAUAGAACUAUAGUGUACCGCCGCCAGCAAGAGACACGUGUUGGGGCCAAUUGUAAACGGCUCCUCCCUCUCACGAUGGACUACAUAAAGGAGCUCGAUAUACGGCUCGACAAAGAGCAGUACUAUGCCGGAGAGGUACUCUCAGGGAAGAUAGUGAUUCACACCACCGAGAACUUCAAACUGAAAUCCAUACGUUUGCUGCUACGAGGGAAGGCUCAUGUGGAGUGGAAAGUGUUCGUGUCUGGAGAUAAGCGAACGGUGAAGGACGACCAGCUGUACAUCGACGAACGGGCGGUAAUCUGGGGUGAACGUGCCGGCGAAGGAUUGGAUGUCACCGUGCCGGUACUGAUACGCGGCCAGCACCAGUUUCCGUUCCAUUUCAACAUCCCGGAAACUAACCUUCCCUGCAGCUUCGAAUCUCGUGCCUGUUACAUUCGUUACUUUGUUAAGGCUACCAUAGAUAUCCCGUACGCUUCACCGCCGCAAGGAAUCAAAUAUUUCACCGUGGUGGGACCACACAUCGACUGUAUGGACGAGCAAUAUUUGAAACCGGUUUCGGCUCAGGACAAAAAGGUGAGAUGCUGUUUGUGUUGUGCCAAAGGACCUGUCACGCUGAGCUGCUCCCUGGAUCGGACUGCAUUCUGCUGUGGCGAAACAGUGAAGCUCAAAGCCAUCAUCGACAAUCAGGGCGAGCAAGGUGUGACACUGAAAGUACGGCUGGUGCAGUUUUGCGAGUUUUUCGUCGAGCGAGGCGUGCUCGGAGUAACAAAAGAGAUCCAACACCUGGUGCUUGAGUACCGGGGGGAACCUGUUGCGUCGAGGGACCACCAGGAUACCAGUGCCAGCCUGCGGAUACCGACCGUUCCAACAACGCUGAUGGGCGUCUGUCGACUGGUGCAGAUUUACUACACCCUUACGACAUGCUUGGAGUUUGAAAAUUCCGGAGAUGAUCUACACAUAAACUUUCCCAUCACCAUCGGGACGGUGCCAUUUCGAAUACCAAACAGCAAUCUGCAACCGCAAAUAGGAUAUGAAGUGGCCGUCGAUCACGUAGAAGGUGGCAUCUACAUCGGCCCGGAGUUCCUCCUGGGGGAAGUUUACGAUGGAUGCAAUGUCAGCGAUAACGAGUAUCGUGAUGUGGCUCCGCUGUAUCGCCCGGUUUACCUGACAGUAGUUCGCAGCUCGCAGCAAAAAUCAGCCCGAGCGGCUGGACGGAGCAACCGCAAAAAAUCUUCAUGUGAUAUCGAAAUCGCCGAAAUUCACCGGAAAUGAUACAGUUUGUCCGAAACGAAAAUGUAACAGUAAAGUUAGGUCUUGAUGCCAGUGAUAAUGAGCACCUUACUUCCAAACACACUCCCAGCGGGAAACCCGUUCGCCUCGCCACACUUCACCGCGCCUAAAAGCUUUACAUAAAAUCAUAACGAUAGUAGCAACAGUAGCACAGUGUAGGACGUGUUCAACAAUUCAUGUACAACUCCCUGCGGUGCGAUAUUUCUUGCACUUGUUGCUCGAGGUGUGAAGCACUAAUAUGCCACAUUAGUUUGUAAAAAAAGUAUAAAUCUACCAAAUACCAGAGCUUUAAAUCAUGUGCCAACGUUUCCACAGGCUCAGCAAAAUUCGUAGGAAAACAUCUUGUAUGGUAAUCCAACUAGCGUGAACUUUAUUGUUCAUGAAGAAAGAUUUUUUUGAGUGUUCAAGAACAAUUUUGAAGUUGAAAAACUUACCAAAAAGGAAUGAAUAGUUCAAAUCGACCUUAGCUGUUAAAUUAAUGUCGGAUUAAAUGUAAAACGAUAAGAUGAUAGAAACCGAUCAUACCUACAAUCAGGAUUAAGGCAGAAAAAGCGUAAGAGACUACCUUCUUACCUACUAUUAAAGUUUUAUCACGAGAAAUCCAAAAUUGUAAGUUUCACUGUAAGUCACAAUAGCUACUUAGAUGAAUAACUAUGGUUACCAACAGCAACUGAUAAAUUUAAAAACUAUAUGUCACGUUGAAACUUGAUAUAAGUUAAUAAUAAAUAUAUCAGCACCUAUACCAACUAGUUUUGUAAACAUGGCUUGAUGAGUUGACAGUAAAAAAUUUUGAAACCUACCACAUGAUUCAAUUGUAUCAAACGAAAAACUCUCGUCAGAUAGUAGCAUACGUUGAUGUGUAAGCCGUACACUAAUGAUGAUAGUCCUAAGCAGAACUAGCAAAAAUUGGAAUUAGUUGUAAAACACGUUUUAAACAAUGAAUUAAAGUAAUCGAGCACCAUGAAUACUGUUUGAAAUAAGAAAACGAGACCCUUAAUUCACAACAA